GAUGUUGACUAUUGAACAUUCUUGAAUAGUUUACGUUCUUGUGCGCUACUCAGCUACUUAUUGCCAUAGUCAUUUGCUUUGUAGAGAAGUUGGAAUUAGAAUGUUAGCGUUUUUCCAGCGUAUUCUCGAUUGGAUUCGAAGUCUUUUUUGGAAGGAGGAGAUGGAACUAACAUUGGUUGGUCUUCAAUACUCGGGAAAGACCACUUUUGUUAAUGUGAUUGCUUCCGGGAAAUUUGAUGAAGAUAUGAUACCUACUGUUGGUUUCAAUUUGCGUAAGGUUACUAAGGGGAAUGUCACUAUAAAGGUAAAAUAAUCCGUAGUAUUAAAUGCCUUCAGAUGUGGGAUAUCGGUGGUCAACCUCGUUUCAGGAGUAUGUGGGAGCGGUAUUGCCGCGGAGUCAAUGCGAUUAUGUAAAAUUCACAGUUGUUGUACAUAUUUUAUAUAGUUAUAUGGUAGAUGCUGCUGAUCAUGAGAAACUAGAAGCUUCGCGCAACGAGCUUCAUGGUUUGCUUGACAAACCCCAGUUACUUGGUAUCCCUGUUCUGGUAUUGGGAAACAAAAAGGAUUUGCCAAAUGCUUUUGCGGAACAUGAGCUAAUUACAGCUCUCAAUCUAGGGGCUAUUACUGACCGUGAGAUAUGUUGUUACUCUAUCUCAUGCAAAGAGCAAGAAAAUAUAGGUGAGAUUAAUCUUAUUAUCAACUCUUGAGUUGUUAUAUUGCUUUGUCAAGACUGAAACAUAACUUUCAUUUCCAGUUGCAACUACCCUCCUGACUGUCCUGAUACAGCUUGUUGUAUGAAGUGACAUUGUGUAUUCAAGUUAUUCCUCCUUACUUCUAUUGACUGAAGUACCUGCGUCUGUAGCUGUUGAUCUCAGUGACUGAUUUAAAAGAAUCUGGUUGUCUUUGUACUCAAACGGCUCUGUGACAUUCUGGAGUCUUUCAAAGAACCGUUUUUAUUGAAAUUAAAUACAUUAAACUCAUGUUUAGGAUAGCAGUUUUCUGAUAACUGAAUAUAAUUGUUUAUCCUUAUCAGCUUUAUUAAUUUCAUUUAUUAGGUAGUAUAAUGUCAUAUUCCGCUUUCAAACAACCGACUGACUAAAUUCAACCUAACCGACAAGCUACAGGACUCGAAAUCAAACUCGAUGCCCAAUAUUUUUGGAAUAAAUAUGUCAAUAACUUUUUAAAAAAAUACUGGUAUAUAUUAUGUGUUUAACUUAAAGUCAAUAGUUUGAGAACGUGGACUGCAUUCUGCUUAUUACAGUUUUAGUAAAAAUGAUUGGUUCGGCGAAGAGUUUGCUUUUCAACAAACUCACUUUCGAAUCUGUAAAAUCGCAAAUAUAUACUUAUUUUUCAAAAUAAUAGUAACUACAGUAAUACUGAUAUUAAAAUCCUGUUAAACAUGGCAACAAUCCGGUAGAACGAACAAAGUUUAUUUAUUUGAGCACAUAAAUAUUGGUACAAAGGGACACCGAAUGCAUAUGUUCCACACGAGUCACUUGAUUUGUAUGUAGGUUUUGAUACUGCCCGAGUGCUCAAACAGAAGCAGGUGGUUUUCUUAAGGGACCACACCCCGAGCCUUGACCUGGUCUGAUCCACAUGGCAGUCGAGCAACAUCAGGAGAUGCAGUCCCAUGGUAGCCGGUGACCAACGAUCGGUUCAUGCACCAUUUGUUCCUUCAGGAUCUUGGAGACUAUGUACAUCAUUGAUUUGGAAUCAGAGUUUUUCAACUCUCCAUGGUAAAAGAAGAGGUUGUACCAGUUUUUCUUGGAGAAUAAUUCUGGUUUUCCCCGAUAAAACAAUCCUUAUUUUAUGUCCUAAUGAGUAUAUUCAGUCUAGGUAAACAAUUUAUAUCAGCCGACACAAUAGACAUGGUUCAUAACGUAGUUCAUGAUUGUAAGUAUCAGUGUCAAUAAUAUUAUUCCCAGGUCUCAAAUUGUUAAGCCACUAGAACGUUCGUGGAGAUCUAUUCAUAUUACUCAGCGUACAUCACAGAUCUUUUUGCAAAAACUCAUUCGUAAAUGUAGUUCUUGUUUGUUUUUGGGUCAUAUCCUAUUAUUUCUUUGUUUUGUUUUUACUGGUACUGCUAGUCAUGCUUGUCAUUUAGCUUUUCUUCACUCUGUUUUAGACAUCACACUCCAAUGGCUAAUUAAACAUUCUAAAUCUAACCGAUAAAAGUAAUAGAUUUGACAUAAUACAUUUCUCCGAUUGAUAAUAAUCUCCAAUUCACCCAAUGAAUAAGUUAAAAUACCAUCUCUGGCUGGAUAUUAAACAUUAUUGACAGUCCGAGUUAAUUUUUGAUUUACACGUUAUUUUUCUCAUAUUUUGGUCAUUAUGCGAAGAUUUAAUUAAAUUCCAUCUGUAAUCCCGAUAUACCUUCGUAACCACUCACAGGAGAAUUGAAAUAAAAAAUCUCAUCUUAUUUCAUUGUGUAAUAAAUUUCUUUACGGGAAUAAACUGUUACGUACACAAUCAUCUUCGUAUUCACAUUCCUUAUAUUUACUUCAUUAUAAACUUGAACUAAACAAAAAUAUUUCUGUUAUCUCACUUCAUUGAAAAUAUGUAUGACUGCUAUGUGCAUAUUAUUUUUGUAUGCUUUAAUUGGAAAAUGAUCAAUGUGUAUGAUCAGUAGUAUCUUGUUUCUUGAUUCAUCUCUAAUUAUUUCAACUCGGUAGUGGGUAAAAACGAAGUGAUUAGUGAUUACUAUUCGUUGUUUCGUUGCUUUUCUACUGAACUAGUGCCGCAUUUGUUUUUAUCCUUAAAUACCUGAUUUCCGUUUUACUUUAUUUGUGUUUUUACUUCACUAACUUUCAAAUUAACCUUCCACUUUUUGAAUAUAGUCGGUUUGUUUUUGUGUCUCUUUUUUGGUCAGUCAGUUUUAAUUACAGUAAACCAAACACUAAGCUUAUUUGAAUGUAAUAGGUUUUUUUUAGGGAUGCUAGUAUUCUCUAUUUUCUAUGCAUAAUAUACAUUAAAGCCACAAAGUCAACAGAUAUAAUGUAUUCUAAUGAUUUUUUGUCUUAUUAAUCAUACUGGUGACAAUUUAUUUUCGUUAUAGAUUAAAUCUAAUGCUAAUCUCCUUUUUGGUCUAUAAUUUAAUCAGUCCAUAUAUUUUUCCGCAUCCAUCUGAACGCGUUUUUCAUUUGCUGAUAAGAUGCAUAGGUAGUAACUUUCAGACUUUUCGUUAAGUGGCUUUAAAUCUAACGUAAGCAAAGGUAGCUGUAAAUUGAUAGGGGGAAGAGUUCCUUGUGAAAUAUUAUAUUAUAUUCAUAACACAUUGAGUGAUGACUUAUGAACCGUAUACUACUGUACUGAGACUAUGAUCCAUCAAUCAUAACGUUAUAAGUAGUAAGAGCUAAAUGAUUAAUGUUUGGACAGAUACAUCAAUGUUGGACCUAUUAUAAAUGUGUGUUGAUCCACGUCGCCAAACCACAUUAACACAAUCAGAUAAAAUUAACAAAAUAUAUAGUGGAGUCGAAAUAGUGUAGCAAAGAUCAUGAUUAAGAAGACUAAGCGUUGAUACUGUGGUUCAAAAAGACAAUCGUUUAUAUGAAAGGAUGCUGACAUUCAAGAUCUAGAGUUAUCGAGCAAAUCCCAACCAAAUAAUCUUCAUCUAUCAGCACGGCUCAUAUCUGCAGUCUGUAACUUCAUGGGACAAAUCCUGACCAUUUCAGUCGAUAAAGGUUUACAAGCCCAUCCAGCAUCUACUUCUAUGCAGUAUGUAAGCUGGUAUACAUUUAGGUUGUAAGAAAUUUAAGAACGGCCGGACAAUGGCAUGGAAUCAUCCCAUGAAGUUGCAGACUUCAGAUUUGGGCCAAGAUGGUAGGUGAAGAUUAUCUGGUUGGGAUCCGCUUGAUAACUGCGACCAGUGGCUGGUAUUGGGUAGUUUCCCUGAAAAUCGGUCACAAUGGUGUGGAUUUCAUUCACUCGUUAUCUUCCUUUGAAUCCUGUAUUUCAGAUUUAUUGUGUACUUUCCAAUUCUCUGUUAAAUACAUUCUUCUUAAAUCAUAUUCUCUGUGCUUAAGGUUUUUUUUAAUAUUGCUGAUGACGCCAUUAUUUCUCCUUUUGUAUUCACGUUGAUACUUUCAUCUUUUUAUGCUGAUGCGGUGUAACAACUUGGAUUGAUUCAUAUUUGUCCCAAAUAAUAUGUUGCUUAUGACUAAAUUAUGACCAGUUAUAUAUAUUUGCUACUGCCAACAUCACAUUUUGUGUACUCAAUAUUUUAAAAAAAUUCUUAGGAACGAGUGAAUCAGUGUUUAUCCCUAAGUUAAUUCACUUGAUAUACUUUAAGAAAUAGAAAACAGGAACAUUUAUGAGAUAAAAUGAAUUCUCAGUUCUAUUCAUGACUUCACAUUCACACCAUUUUUAAUACCGGGUGAGAUUAAUCUGAAAACUGGUGAUUAAUAAAUCAAAAAGUGUAAAUCACUUCUGAUUUAUAUAUGAUUGAGAAGAAUGUAGAGAGAAAAAUCACUAGCAAUCAUUGACCGAUUUUGCAAUACGUAAAAAUCUAUAGAAAUUAGUCUCAACAGUUGGAACCAAAAAGGUAACACUAAAUAAAAAAUCACUUUCCAGUUUUGCACAGUUCACGGCAGCAUGUAAGAAAUACCAAAAAUUCAUUUUGUCCUACACAUAUUUAUGCAUAAAUUUUGUUCUGUAUUAUUUUGAUGGUUAUAAAUGACAAAAUAAUUUGAAAAACAGAUUUACAAAAUAACUCAAUCCAAAAUUGUACAUUAUCUGAUUCUUAUUUAGAAGUAACUUCAUGAUAUCAUCCUCUCUAGUGUAAGAUUUAGAAGUGCUAGAUUCAAUCCUGUGUGUACUGUGUUUUGGAUGUGUUCACAACUAAUACGCCACAAUGUAGGAUCCGUAAAUUAAAUGAUGAGCAAAUCAUUCUAUCCAAAUGUUAUCGAUUUGUGAUGAAAAUUAUUUUUCGAAAAUGUUUAUGUGAACUAAAGAAUUAACUUGGAAUGUUGUUAUACCAUUAUUACUUCUAGUUCUUUUUUUAGAAUAUAGUUUCAAUAUUUCAACCUUGAGACUGAAUAAUAAGUUUCUCCUUCAUAUUGUCAUUUAGUAAAUAAUACUAUGUUAUACUGUAAUAUAUUGACAAACAUCGAGAAUAUUUUAAUAUAUUGUUACAUUAUCUUAAUUCUAUGUUAAUCUUAGAACAGGAUAAAUUUGAAAGGUUACAUUCUCACUCACUGUAAUUCGUGUUCUGUCUUUAGUUCUAUAUGAUAAACAUUUGGUUCUAAUUCAGAGUGAUUUUUUACUCAAUAUAAUCUUCAUUUUAUUUUAGUGUGACAUUUUUUGCAAUAAUUUAGUGCAAACUUCAUUCAGUAUAACGUGCAGCACGUAUUUUGUUUUAAUAACUCUAUUCAUUUUAGUAUUUUUUCCUAUUUCGAUUAUUUGUGACAUUCAUAAAAUGUCAAUAAAAUCGAUAUAUAAAUGAACAUAUUUUGAU